AUGACGGAUGUUGAUACUUCUCCACAGUUUGGGUCUGAAUUGAGGGUAUAUUCCCUGUGCUUCCGUCCUCAGAAUGAGUCUGUGUCGAAUGGUAUUGCGUGGCUCGAAGAAGUCCAGCAGUUCUAUCGUGAACGAAGCGCUAUCGAGAAAGAAUACGCUGCGAAACUUACCGGAUUAUGUCGAAAGUACCAUGAGCGCAAGGCCAAAAAGUCGAGUAGCUUGAGCGUGGGAGAUACUCCGUCGUUGACUCCUGGAUCAUUAGAAUCGGCGUCAUUGACUACCUGGACUACACAACUCUCUGCUAUUGAGGCGGAAGCGGCAGACCGGGAUCGUUUCGGCUCAGACCUGCUUUUCCAAGUUGCUGAGCCUUUGAAGCAGGCAGCGGUGCGGUUUGAGGAACUCCGAAGAAACCAUGUUGACUAUGCGGGCAAGCUAGAGAAGGAACGAGAUUCCACAUAUAGUGAUCUAAAGAAGGUGAAGGGCAAAUAUGAUGGAGCCUGUCAGGAGGUAGAAAACCGACGGAAAAAAACGGAAUCUUCGUUCGAUCAUGGAAAGCAAAAGGCGCAAGUGGCAUAUCAACAACAGACUCUUGAGAUGAAUAAUGUGAAGGGAUUACAAGAUCUCAAUGAAACCCGAGUGUCUAAAUUGAAUUCGAUCUGGAUGUUGGCCGCGCAACUGGAAAAAAACACUUUGACGAAAUGCGACCAACAUGUUUCCCAUCUGAUAUCUGAAAUUCCACGUAACGAGCCCAGGCUCGACUCUACAAUGUUUAUUCGGCACAACAUGACAAAUUGGCAGGACCCUGCAGACAUGCAAUUUGAGCCAAGCCCUGUAUGGCACGAUGACGCCACGAUGAUCACGGACGAGACUUCAAAGGUUUUCCUCCGAAAUACUCUAGUGAAGAGCAAAGCCCAGGCAAAAGAGCUGAAGGCAGAGGCAGAUAAAAAAAGGAAGGAGGUCGAGAACGCAAAAAAGCUACGGCAAAACAUUCGUGACGGGAAGGAUAAGAGAGAUGAAGCGGAAGUUGUUCGGGCUAUAUUUGCCAUGCAAGAAGACCUUCACCUGCUGGACCGUAAACGAUUAACAGCAGAGGUUGAGACAUCGACUAUAAUAUCGGUUGUCGGCGACUUAUCCUUUGGAGCUAAGAACCACAAUUUCCGAUCCCAAACGUUUAAAAUUCCCACCAAUUGCGAUCUUUGCGGUGAGAGGAUCUGGGGCCUCUCGGCAAAGGGUUUCGAUUGUCGGGAUUGUGGCUACACCUGCCACAGCAAAUGCGAAAUGAAAGUCCCGGCGGAAUGCCCUGGCGAGCAGACUAAGGAAGAGAAAAGGAAACUGAAAAUAGAAAGACAAGAAACAGCCAGCUCAAGGGCUUCGGUUGAUAUAUCCUCACCCACCAAUGGGGCGUCGGAGUUACCUACACUGAGUCGCAGAGAUACUAUGAAUUCCCUAAGCUCAGGAUAUGCGGCCAGCGCAGCGCGCUCUGUAUCUGUACUCUCAACGCCACAAGUUGCCGAAGAAGGGCCAACGGAGCUUCCAGCAUCUGCUCCAUCAACGACCACGAAACCGGCUACUGCUCCCCGAAGAAACCGAAUUGUUGCGCCCCCACCCGCACAAUACAUCAGCGCUCCUCCUCCUCCAGCCGACCAAGGAGAGGCUGACGGAGGCGGCGGUGGAGGUGGGGGCCGCAGCCGUGGCUUAUCUGUAAAAUCUAACGAAGCUCGAGGCAAAAUGAUGUAUCCAUAUGACGCCAACGGCGAGGACGAAAUUACAGUUGAAGAAGGCCGUGAAGUUAUAAUUGUUGAACCAGAUGACGGAUCCGGCUGGAUGCGCGUUCGGGCAGGCUCCCGCUCCGGCCUCGUCCCAGCGUCUUACGUCGAAGCAAUCUUCACCCCAUCACUAGCGCUCUCACCAAAGCCCGGCCUCCCCGACCGCCCAGGAUCCACCUACUCAAACUCCAGCGCGUCUCUAGCCAACAGCGUUGCGGGCAAACGACGUGGUCCGGCAGUGGCACCCAAGCGCGGAGCGAAGAAGCUGCAAUAUGUAGUUGCGCUGUACGACUACGAAGCGCGCAGUGACGCGGAGUGGAGCAUGGCGGAAGGGGAUAGAUUUGUGCUUGUGAACCGGGAUAGUGGGAAUGGGUGGUCUGAUGUUGAGAAGGGGGGCCAGACGAAGAGUGUCCCUGCAAAUUACAUUGAAGAGGUGUAGGGUCAAUUGUUUGAUGUGCAUAUGUUGUGUUUUGACUCGAGAGGUUGCGGGCUGGGGUUGGGAGGAUUGCAACUUGAGUUGAGCUACAGAUUUACAUAGAGCUAGGAUGGGUUUUUGUUACCCUCUCCUGCAAAGUUAUCGUUUAUUUACGAAUGUCCAACAUUAUAUAACUAUACAUUUCGUGCUUUUCUUGCCUUUUUUUCUUCACACGUUUUGGUGCAGCAUUGCAUGUUUUUGUUACCGUCUCCUCCUUACCAUGCUCAUUUCUUCUAUUGCAGUUUUUGGGAUAUACCGUUCGUUUUAUGGGCAGUUAGCAACCUUUUAUCUUGUUGUAAUUCGUGCUUGGCUGAAUUAGUUUUUACAUAUAACUAGUUGGUUAACU